CAAUGAUACCUUCAUACUGAAACCAAGGAAUUACACACAGAAGGACGGUGGAGAAUGGCUUCGAAGGAGAGGUUGAAUGAGCUGUGGAUUUUAUAUUACACCAAGAAAGAUGAGGGCUGCCUGCAGCAGUGGCUGGAGGCUUUUGUGGCUUCCUUUGAGAAGCUUGUUGAUGUGCGGUCACUGGAGCCUCGCAGGCUGGAGAACUAUAUUACGGAGGUUCCCCUCAUACCCAGGGACAUACUGGUGUUCUUCAGUGACCAGCUAUCACACAGUGCCAUUCACCUCUCUGGGGGCGACAGUAACAACAGCACCCUGCUCCUCUCUGGGGGCGACAGUAACAACAGCACCCUGCACCUCUCUGGGGGCGACAGUAACAACAGCACCCUGCACCCCUCUGGGGGCGACAGUAACAACAGCACCCUGCACCUCUCUGGGGGCGACAGUAACAACAGCACCCUGCACCUCUCUGGGGACGACAGUAACAACAGCACCCUGCACCUCUCUGGGGGCGACAGUAACAACAGCACCCUGCACCCCUCUGGGGGCGACAGUAACAACAGCACCCUGCACCUCUCUGGGGGCGACAGUAACAACAGCACCCUGCACCCCUCUGGGGGCGACAGUAACAACAGCACCCUGCACCUCUCUGGGGGCGACAGUAACAACAGCACCCUGCACCUCUCUGGGGGCGACAGUAACAACAGCACCCUGCACCCCCUGCUGCUUAUUAAGUUCUUCAUUAUCGUCUGCAGGAAUAUGGAAAACAUUGACCCAGAGAAGACCCCAGGCUUUGUCUUCGAGACCAUUAAACUGUUAAACUUCUGCUUGACUCAGCUGAAGAAGCAGCCUGCGGAUCAGUCGUCCCUCCAGACAGUGAUUCAGUAUGGCCUAAUGCUGAUGGAGAGUCUCUUUGACCCUUACAAUACAUGGAGGAAACGCCUGACAGGGGAGGAGGUGAGCAUGGUGGAGAGGAGCAAGUAUAAGUUCUCCACUCUCCCCUUACCAGAGGAGCUACCUGCUCUAUUCCAUGACAGCCUGCAGGACAGCCAGCAGAUCCCAGAGGACCUCGCUCUCCGAUUGGUCCAUCUCCAAGGGGCUGUCAUCAGUGGCAGCAAGAAGAACGGCCUGCUCUCCAUCACCCUGCAGUCUGUGGAGGACCUUCUUUCUGUACUCCGAGCCUGGUGCCUCCGGACCUCCUCCAACCCCAAGGACCCCACGCUGCUACGGCUGACCCUGCAGUGCCUGACUGCAAUGGUGCAUACCCUCCACUCCAGUAGUCCUGCAGAGCGCCGGCUGGAGAUCAGGACCGUGUUGGAUGGCUACUUCCAGGUCCUGAACUGGAACCGGCCUCCAGGGUUAGAGAACGAGCAGGAGGACGGGCAGAGCUGGGAGGAACACCUCAUCACUCUCCAGAGUCACAUGCUGACUUCGAUUCCUGAGAUCCUGCAGUGUUCAGACAGACCGGUGCUGCAGGCCAUCUUCCUCAACAACAACUGCUUCGAACACAUCCUCCGACUCAUCCAGAACAGCAAGCUCUAUCACAGUAAAAGGUGUAGGUCGGAGCGUGAGGGGGUGUGUGACCUCACCACACGUUUGCUCACGGACACAGAGGUGGAAGUAGACCAGGUUUUGGAGAAAGGUUCCGACUGCAUUACAGUCCAUGCCCUCGGAGUCCUCACAUCCAUCAUGAGUAACUCCCCUUCUGCCAAGGAGGUUUUCAAGGAGCGGAUUGGCUACUCCCAGCUGUUUGACGUCCUGAAGAGUCAGGGUCAGCCCACUAAACGCCUGCUGCAGGAACUCAUGAACAUGGCGGUGGAAGGGGAACACGCCCACACCCAUCACCUGGGUGUCAGUAACGACCAGCCCCUCCUCCUCCUCCUACAGUGGCUGCCUGACCUGGCCCCCCAGAGGGACCUGCAGCUCCUGGUAGCCCAGUGGCUGGCUGCGGUCUGCGGGGGCUCCCUGGCCUGCCGUACGGUGGCUGUGGAGGCCGGCCUGGUGGGGGCUGUGCUCCAUGUCCUCUCCCAGCCACAGAGACUGGACCGCCAGUGUGCCGAUGGCCUCCUGGGGAUGUUACAGGACAUGGGGUCUCUCUGUCUGAGGCCUGCUGAGCUGAAGUCUCUGUUGAGGCUGCUCCGACCCCUCGACCAGGGGCAGGACGUGUUGGCAGGGAAGAGGACGGGGACACACCCUUACUGCGCCUGCAUCAUCCGGGUGCUGGCGGCGAUGGCGGCCAGGGAGGGGAGGAACAGCGCCCUGCAGUAUUUUGACCUGACCCAUCCCCUGGCAGGGAUCAUGGUGCCCACGGUCCAGCGCUGGCCAGGCAGUGGGUUUUCCUUCCACGCCUGGCUCUGUCUCAACAUGGACUUCCCACAAUACCACUCAGAGUUCUCCACGCCCAGCACCCGCCCGUCUGCUGGGGCACCAGGGGCGGCGACACGGGGUAUGGGCAAAGGUCCCCGCAGGAAACAGCUGUACAGCCUGUUGACAGCCGGUGGUACAGGUUUAGAGGCUUUCUUCACCAUGGAGGGAGUGUUGGUGGUGGCUGUCUGCACUAAGAAAGACUACAUGGUCGUGUCCCUGCCAGAACACCCUCUAACAGACUGCUGCUGGCACUCUGUGGAUAUAGUCCAUAUUCCCGGCCGCCGUCCCUUCGGUCAGAAUCUGGUCACCAUCUACAUCGAUGGAGAACAGCGCAAGACAGCCCAGCUCCGAUUCCCCUCGCUCAAUGAGCCUUUCACCUCCUGUUGUAUUGGCUCAGCAGGCCACCGUACCACCACCACCACCACCUCCCCCACCCUGCCUCCCCCCUCCCUCCACCCAGCAGAGAUGGGCUUCCCCGCCCACGCUCCCCCCAUCACCCGCUCCCAGUCCUUCCCAGCCUCCUUUGCGGCAGGCCGCUGGGGGCCUGGUCCCCUGCGUGACGCUCCCGUCCACACCAUCCCCGCCGGGCUGCAGGACACGGAGUGGGGCACGCCCACCUCACUGGACGGGCUCCUGGGGACCGCCUUCAUCUGUCAUGAGGCCCUGCAACCAGCGCACACCAAGGCCCUAUACACUGCUGGCCCCAACCAUGUGUCCCUGUUCAAGGCAGAUGGAGAGCUGUCAGACCUCAACAGUAAACUGCUUCUCUACUACACUCCUCAGGCCUUCAAGAGUCAGAUCUGUGUGGACCUGUCCCCUAACCACCAGUAUGAUGGCAGACUGACAGGCCACAGGGUGGUGAACUGGGACAUCAAGGAUGUGUUGAACACAGUGGGGGGCAUGGGGGUUCUACUGCCCCUCCUGGAACAGGUGUGUGAGCCAGAGCAGGCGGAGGGAGGAGGUCAGGAGACGUCAGACCUGCUGGGACCAGAACUAACCUGUAGCUCCUCCCGGGGGCCUGUCGGCAUGCUGCUGCCACUGGGCCAGUCCUCCGAUGGUCGGCUGGAGAGGAACAGUGUAGCAGCCUUCCUGCUGAUGGUGAAGAAUCUGAUUCGUCAUCACCCUGUCAACCAGGAGAGCCUACUGAACUGCCACGGACCCAGCAUUAUAGGAGCCAUGCUCACUAAGGUACUGGCCCAUUAUAGGAGCCAUGUAACCCUCAACAUCCCUUUACACUACAGGUACCUCAACAUCCCUUUACACUACAGAGGGGUUUUGGAUCUAACCAUGUCCUUUCUUCAACCAUAUAAUUCCAUUCACAUGUCUCCUCCCUCUCUUUCCCUCCCUCUUUGCUUUCUAUCCUCUGCUAUCUCCUCUCUUCUCAACCUCCCACCUCCACGUCCCUCUUCUCAACCUCCCACCUCUACGUCCCCUCUUGUCAACCUCCCACCUCUACGUCCCCUCUUCUCAACCUCCCACCUCUACGUCCCCUCUUCUCAACCUCCCACCUCUACGUCCCCUCUUCUCAACCUCCCACCUCUACGUCCCCUCUUGUCAACCUCCCACCUCUACGUCCCCUCUUCUCAACCUCCCACCUCUACGUCCCCCUCUUCUCAACCUCCCCACCUCUACGUCCCCUCUUCUCAACCUCCCACCUCUACGUCCCCUCUUCUCAACCUCCCACCUCUACGUCCCCUCUUCUCAACCUCCCACCUCCACGUCCCUCUUGUCAACCUCCCACCUCUACGUCCCCUCUUCUCACCUCCCACCUCUACGUCCCCUCUUCUCAACCCGCCCACCUCCACGUCCCCUCUUCUCAACCUCCCACCUCUACGUCCCCUCUUCUCAACCUCCCACCUCUACGUCCCCUCUUGUCAACCUCCCACCUCUACGUCCCCUCUUUCAACCUCCCACCUCUACGUCCCCUCUUCUCACCUCCCACCUCUACGUCCCCCUCUCUCAACCUCCCACCUCCACGUCCCCUCUUUCUCAACCUCCCACCCUACUACGUCCCCUCUUCUCAACCUCCCACCUCUACGUCCCCUCUUCUCAACCUCCCACCUCUACGUCCCCUACGUCUCAACCAUCUCUCAUCUCAACCUCCCACCUCCACGUCCCCUCUUCUCAACCUCCCACCUCUACGUCCCCUCUUUGUCAACCUCCCACCUCUACGUCCCCUCUUGUCAACCUCCCACCUCUACGUCCCCUCUUCUCAACCUCCCACCUCUACGUCCCCUCUUCCUCAACCUCCCACCUCUACGUCCCCUCUUCUCAACCUCCCACCUCUACGUCCCCUCUUGUCAACCUCCCACCUCUACGUCCCUCUUCUCAACCUCCCACCUCUACGUCCCCUCUCUCAACCUCCCACCUCUACGUCCCCUCUUCUCAACCUCCACCUCUACGUCCCCUCUUCUCAACCUCCCACCUCUACGUCCCCCCUUCUCAACCUCCCACCUCCACGUCCCCUCUUGUGCAACCUCCCACCUCUACGUCCCCUCUUCUCAACCUCCCACCUCUACGUCCCCUCUUCUCAACCUCCCCACCUCCACGUCCCUCUUCUCAACCUCCCACCUCUACGUCCCCUCUUCUCCAACCUCCCACCAUCUACGUCCCCUCUUCUCAACCUCCCCACCUCUACGUCCCCUCUUCUUCAACCUCCCACCUCUACGUCCCCUCUUCUCAACCCUCCCACCUCUACGUCCCCUCUUCUCAACCUCCCACCUCCACGUCCCCUUCUCAACCUCCCACCUCUACGUCCCCUCUUCUCAACCUCCCACCUCUACGUCCCCCUCUUUCUCAACCUCCACCUCUACGUCCCCUCUUCUCAACCUCCCACCUCUACGUCCCCUCUUCUCAACCUCCCACCUCUACGUCCCCCUCUUCUGCAACCUCCCACCUCUACGUCCCCGCUUGUCAACCUCCCCACCUCUACGUCCCCUCUUGUCAACCUCCCACCUCUACGUCCCCUCUUGUCAACCUCCCACCUCUACGUCCCCUCUUCUCAACCUCCCACCUCUACGUCCCCUCUUCUUUACGCCCCCUCUUCUCAACCUCCCACCUCUACCCCCUCCCAGAGAGCAGGUCCAGGCUGUACUGUUGGAGUGGGGAGUAGAACAGCUCUACUGUCUGCUGCUCAAACCCAGCUUUGGAGAUGAGGUCAGGGAGAGAGUCUUCAGGGUUCUGUACAAGAUCCUGAAGAGUGAACGAGUGUCUGAGCGCGCCAAGCAACGUGUCAAGUUGAAGGAUUUUGGAUACCUGGGUCUUGUUUGUUUUCUAGGAGACGUCCCCGUAACCAUGACCACCGUGCGCUGUCUUUACGAGCAGGUCCUCGCUACAGAUGCCACUCCUAACUUCAGAGACCUGCUGGCUGUGGUCCAUCUGUCCCAUCGUGCUGAGCUCACUGUCCGUCUGGACGUCUGUCGCAAGCUCUUCUACCUGAUCUAUGACAAUGAGGACUAUGUUCGUCAGCUGGCCCGUCAGCCAGGCUGGCAGGAUGUGUUAACUAAGCUCUAUAUGAAGGAGUCCUAUGAGUCUCGCGGUCCCUCCCUGGCAGGCUCCAGCACCCACAGCUCCCUGGACCCCUCCUCCUCCCGCCCCCCUCUCAGGAGAGAUCACAGCAUGGUCAUAGAGGACUCUCAGUACGCUCACACAGACGUCUUCCUCCCUUACACCUCGCCGGACGAUGAAGAGGAGGAGGAGGGAGACGGCGAGGGCCUGGUAGGGAGGAAUAUCUCAGAGCGUUUCUCCGACCUCUCUCGGUCUUCCCCUAACAGCAGUGGAGGCACGUUGAAGGACUUUGACGACUCUCUCCAAUUUAAGUCGUUUGACUCGGUAGAGCAGGGGAGCCGCUCGUCCUCCCUGUCCAACACCGUGGACAUCCCCUCCGGUCGGCCCCAAGAGGAGGCUCUCUACCACCCUCUGUCCCCCUUCGGCACCUCGCCCUUUGAGCUGGAGCUGGGGGGUAUGAGGGGUGAGACGGGGACAUGGAACCACAACCCUGUGGGGGGUAGUCAGGCAGGCACCCCCUCCCCCCUGGAGCACAGCCGGUCGUUCCCCUCUCUGAGACCCAGGAAGAGCUCCAGUCUGUCCAACGUGCUGGACGACACCAACUAUGGAACUGACCCCCGGGCAGCUGACACCAUCUCCAACACCUCCAACCCACAGCAGAUGCCAGAGGAGGAGCUGUGUAACCUGCUGACUAACAUCGUGUUCUCUGUGCUGUGGUGCGGCAGCGGGUCGGAGGGGGGGGAGGACGCCGUGUGGAGGGAGAGGGGACAGGUCUUCUCUGUCCUCACCAAGCUGGGCUCCUCCUGCCAACUGGUCCGCCCGCCUGACGAUAUCAAAUGCAGUCUGUUAGAGAUGAUGCUGGAGUCUUCUCUGUCAGACCUGAGGGACUCUCAGGGUGUCUCUCUACCAUACUUCCCCAGUCUGCUGCGUCUCCUCAGGCUGCUCCAGGACUUCCUCUUCUCAGAGGGAACAGACAACCAGGCCCUGUGGAGCGAGAAGAUCUUUGAGGGGGUGGUGAACCUCCUGGACAGACUACAGGCGUGGCACAGCACCCCUGGUACCCCCGGGGCUCUGGAGCUCAGAGAGAUGGCUCAGAUCGGCCUGCGCAUCAUCACCGGCUACAUCCAGCAACAGGACUCACAGGUGUCUGUAAUGGCCUGCGUUAAACUCCACAGCCUCCUACAGACAGUUCUGUCUCUGGGCUGGGACGAGGUUUGCUUCCUGCUGGGGCGACUAGGUGCCCCCCUGUGGCCCGGCGGGGUAAUGGAGGCGGGCCCCAACGGAGGACACACGGAGACCUUUUCUCAGCUGGUGCCCAUCGUGCGUACCCUCCUGGACCAACACGCUGACCCCGUGACCCUGCACGGCCUGCUGCCCAGCCUGCCAGUCACCAACGGCAGCCCCACCUUCGCCCAGGACCUCCAGAGCUACAGCCACACAGUAGAGUGGCUGGACUUCUACCAACGCCACGUGCAGCCCACCAUGGAGCAGUAUGAACUGGAUCAGUUUGGGAAGAGUCAUGACCUCAUGUCUAACUUCUGGAACUCGUGCUUUGAUGACCUGAUGAGCACUGCCAUACGGCGGGACAAAGAGAAGACCUACAGCAAAGACAAGUUCCAGGAGGUGAUAGUGGACCCGUACCUGAGGCGGGUCCGCAGUGAAAACAGCCGUUACCACAGUGGUCAGAAACAGAGCUCCGGCCAGCAAGGAGUAGUGUGGCGCCACUGGGAGUCCCUCCGCAGGCUGCUCACCAGCGAGAGAGGGGCCUGGGCACACAGAGUCCCACUAGAGGUGAAAUGGAAGUUGUCCAGCGCGGAGACGUACUCUAAGAUGCGUCUGAAACUAGUGCCUAACUACCAGUACGACAAUCACCAGGAAGCCAGCGCCUUCAGAGACAACAUGGGAGCUGAUAGUCCUCGCAGUUCAGAACCCCUCCCAUUGGCUGUUGCCAAGGAGGCCAAAGUGAGUGACAUGGAGGAUGACCAGUUAGGAGAAGAGGACAUUGUCUUUCUGGACAAUAAGGGGGUGGAGGGGGAGGACGACAGUCAGAAGGAGAAGCUGGUUCUGUCGGAGGACUGUGAGCUCAUCACCAUCGUGGCGGUGGUUCCGGGUCGGCUGGAGGUCACCACACAUCACCUGUACUUCUACGACGCCAGCAGCGAGAAGGAGGAGACGGAAGAGGGAAUUGGUUUUGAUUUCAAGCGGCCCCUGUCUCAGCUGAGAGAGGUGCACCUGAGACGCUACAACCUGCGUCGCUCUGCUGUGGAGCUGUUCUUCAUCGACCAGUCACACUACUUCAUCAACUUCAAGAAGAAGGUGAGGAACAUGGUGUACUCUAGGAUCCUGGGGCUGCGGCCCCCCAACCUCUUCUAUUUCGGCUCCCGCUCUCCUCAGGAGCUCCUCAAGGCUUCUGGACUCACACAGAGAUGGGUAUGCAGAGAGAUUUCCAACUUUGAAUAUCUGAUGCAACUGAACACCAUCUCUGGACGUACCUACAACGACCUGUCUCAGUACCCUGUGUUCCCAUGGGUGCUGAGUGACUACACCUCUCCAGAUCUGGACCUGGAGAACCCAGCCGUGUUCAGAGACCUGUCCAAACCCAUGGGAGUAGUCAACCCCCGCCACGCACAGAACGUCAGGGAGAAGUAUGAGAGCUUUGAGGACUCAACGGGCACCAUAGAUAAGUUCCACUAUGGAACACACUACUCUAACGCUGCAGGAGUCAUGCACUACAUGAUCCGUAUGGAGCCCUUCACUACCCUCCACAUCCAGCUGCAGAGUGGCAGGUUUGACUGUGCAGACCGUCAGUUCCACUCUGUAGCAGCAGCCUGGCAGGCUCGCAUGGAGAGUCCCGCUGAUGUCAAGGAGCUCAUCCCGGAGUUCUUCUACUUUCCAGAGUUCCUGCAGAACAUCAACGGGUUUGACCUGGGCAGUCUGCAGAUGACCCAGAACAAUGUGACUGAUGUUCUGUUACCACAAUGGGCCUUGUCUAGAGAAGACUUCAUCAGGAAACACAGGAAAGCUCUGGAGUGUGAACACGUUUCCUCUCACCUCCAUGAGUGGAUUGACCUGAUCUUUGGCUGCAAGCAGAGAGGGGAGGAGGCGGUGGAGGCUCUCAAUGUCUUCUACUACUGCACCUAUGAAGGUGCGGUGGACCUGGACGCCAUAGCCAAUGAGACGGAGCGCAAGGCCCUGGAGGGCAUCAUCAGUAACUUUGGACAGACGCCCUGUCAACUACUCAAGGAGCCACACCCUCCUCGUAUGUCAUCAGAGAAUGCAUCUAGGAGGCAGGCCCGCAUGGACACUCUACCCCCCAACCUGUUUGAACAGCUCGACAAACUACGCCCUUUUAAGGAGGUGGUGUGUGAUGGGCGACCUCUGGUCCAGGCGGUGGUUCCUAGGAACCAGAACCGCUCCUUUAUCAUCCAGGGCUCUGACGUACUGGUGACAGUGAGUUCUGACGGUCUGAUUGGGACCCACAGCUGGCUGCCUUACGAUAAGAACAUCGCCAACUACUUCACCUUCACCAAGGACCCCACCGUGGCCAAUCCCAAAACCCAGAGGUUCCUCAGCGGUCUCUUCGCCCCAGGGGUAGAUCUCAGUACCCAGGUGUUGGUGGUGUCCAACGAUGGCCGUCUGCUGUUCAGUGGAGGACACUGGGACUGCAGCCCUCCGAGUCACCCAGCUGGGAAAGGGCAAACUGGUGGGCAGGAUCUGCCGACACAUCGGUGA